CGACCAAAUGAGUGAACUUGUGGGAUUGUAAAACUGGAAGCUGUAAGCUUUAGUCGGUGAUAAGAUUGCUUCUCAGUUGAUUCGAGUUUUCAGGAAAGCGUGCUGCUUUCUCAAACAAUAUAACAGUGUUGCAUAUUGUUGCAGGUAAAAGGGAUUUGCUCUACUAGUACGGCUUAUCUUAUCAAUCAUCUUCCGGUAAAGUCUUUUAAAAUAAUAAAACUGGCCAGACAAUCAACGCAAAAGUCAACGCUAAUCAUCACAAGAACAAAAAAAUAUAUCUACAUAUAAAAAGUACACUGCAAACAAAAUGGAAUCUUUCUUUCGAAUGCGCCGAUCAUCCCAUGCUCCAAGCGCCAACCAAGAACCACUCAUCGUAGUCGAAGAAUCGGAAAAUCUCGAAAAAGAAGAAGAAAUAAGCCAUACCUCAUCUCCUCGCCAAAGUUUGGAUAUUGAUUCUCCGGAAAAUCCGUACCUGCUGUCACCAUGGCGCGAUCCGCGAGAAACCCGUAAGCACUCGUUGCCAACGCCUCCAUGCACGAGUGGCAUCACAGCUAGCCAGGUUCGGCGGCUUUCGGAUCAGGCUAGAGGUCCUUCCCCGAUAGAGCAAGCAUUCUUAGCUACUCUGUACAGUUCAACCCCCCCGGCUCCCGGUGGACGGAGACACUCUGUUGUUACAAUAUGCAAAGUUCCUCCCACUAUUUUCAGUCGCAACAGAAGAGAGUCAAUAGCGGCAUUACCUGCUGGACAAAGAUCCACAGCCAGCUCACGCCGAGAAAGCAAAACAGGCCCACCGCCGUCUACAGAUCAUAGAGGUAGUAUACAUAAUUUACAAUUAGAUAUUAUGGAUGACAUAGUACAAGCUAGAAAGGCGCGUAUGAAGUUGUGGAAUACGAGCAAUGAAAAAGUAUGUGAAGUUCAAACGCUGGAUGAAGCUGGUGCUGGUUCAAGUUCACCGAUGCGAUACACAAAUACAAAUAGAAGGUUUUCGGACUUUGUGGGCACUACAUUACCCCCAAUACAGUCUUUUAGACGCGCUUCCGAAUUGCCUGUUUCGCCUUCGGCGUCGUUAACACCAGCAACAACGUCAUCGAAACAGAUUGUUACGUCGCCAAAAGCAACACUGAAGUCGGGAAUUGUCUGUACAAAUACUGACCUAAUAUCUCUUCUAUCGUCCUUAGCUUCAUCGGCAACCGAAAUAAAUAGAUGUGGUGAUAAAGAUUAUCCAACCCCUCAAACUCCUCAAUCAUCAUCAUCAUUUAAAUCCAUCACUAAACUCCCUCCAGACCAGCAUGCAAGCGGUAGUGAUCUAAAGAAAAAUCGAUCAAAUAGUUUCGAUGUUUCCCUUUACCAAAAUAUCAAACAGUUGGCCACCGGAUCAUCUUCUAGUGCUGCCGAGUCAACUGUAGAGCCUGGAUGGUUUACAAACCGGCACACACCGGCAAUGGCCCGACGAAAGUCGGUUAAGUCAAACAUCCCCACCGUAUCUUUUGCUAAAGAAGCUAUUGAUAAGUUGCGUGACAAAACAGACACCAAAACCGGUGAUUCCAAACCCAAGGCCAAAGAGUCACGAUCCCCACUGAGUAAAUUGAAAUGGGACGGUAGAAGCAUUGACGCCAAGGUUAUAGGGAGCGCCAUUGAGAAUUUUAUAACAGGGUCAAGUUCGUCUAAAAAAGCUUCAAACUCGAAGGAAACUACAUCAAAAACAGGCAAAAAAUCAUCUUCGUCUAGCUGGUUUGGCAAAACUGACGACGAUGAUUCGAAUGAUACGUGCGAUUCAUCACUUUGUUCAACUCUCAAAGAUCUGUUUGUAAAGUAAGGAAUUGGUGAUGACUAAUCAGUCGCCAAGAGAGAUUGCAAUAUAAUAUUCCAUUAAUUGAACGGAAUGCCAACAUUUAAGCGAUAACGCUACUGCGUACGAAAACGAACCCACCUAAGCAGUAAAGUAGCCUUGUAGGUACUACAUAUUUCAUCAUAAAUGAUCAUUAAUUCUUCCAGAUGCAACAUCUAUACACUAGGCAUCAUUUCUUUUGUUGUUUGACCAUUUCUGCAAUUUCAAUUUAUGUUUGACUUAAGAAGAUUGAAAACCUAUCUCAAAAUAGGGCAGACACAGAUUUGCAACCUAUAGACUGUUGAUCAUAAAGGCGUAAGAUCUUCUGAGCCAAUACAAUGCAAUAAAUCUCAUACAUUGAAUCAAGGGUCCUGCUUUUCGGUUCAAUGAUCAGAAAUCAUCAGCUUAUCGCCGAUUGAAGCGCGCAACAAUUCGUAAGCUACUACGAUUCGGAAGCUGCAAGCAAUUUGGUCAAUCGUUUCACAUAGCGAUGGGGCCAUUCGUAAAUAACGUGGAUUUUUUUUUUGUUUUAUGCUAUACAGUCCAGACACGAUUAACCGUAGCCCUCGGAAAACUUUCACUUCGGAUAAUCGAAUCACGAUUUUUUUUUUCGUUGUCUUAUUUUUGAUUGACGAGCUUUUGUAUGACCCCUAAACUACGUUUAAGUGAUUUAUACUUUUUUUUAAAUCCAAUAUGGCGU